CGCGUUGCGGUGAUGUCAGGUAAUGUUGUCGUCUCCAAAGAGACCUUAACCUGAUCAGUAAAUGUUACACAUGUCCGUUUUGUGGUUCCUAAAGAGAAAUGAUUCUGUGAAAGUCGAAGGAAUAAGAAUACGUCCAGUGUCCUUAGCUACUAGCAAAAGUUGAUGAUUGACGUACAGUGGACUGAAGUGCGAGUGAAUGCGUCGGUUGAUGCCUGAGAUAGCAGAGAUUGUAUCGAGCUGUUGGUGGGAAAUCGACUAAAAUGGAUAUCGGUGAAUUAUUAUCAUACAAACCACCCAACACGCCAAAACGCCCACUUCACGGGGAAGACGAAGAUGAGGAUGAUUGGGAGAACUCCAAAAGAGCUAAGCGAGUUAUUAAAACUCCAUAUCAUCCUCGCCAACGACAAACUCACGAGGUCGACAGCGCUACUGUUGGAAGCAGUGAGCCUCCUACUCCCAUACGAGCAGCUCUACCUGCUCCUGCUAAUGACGUUAUUGAGCCUCAACUGACAGAGAAAGAGAAACAGGAGAUUCUGAAAUAUGUAGAAACAGAGGCGGCUGAAGUCGAGGUUUUGGACGAGGCGACGUUGAAGCGAAUGGUUUUAUUAUUUGAAAAGCGUGCUUUAAGAAAUCAAGAGAUGAGAGUCAAGUUUCCCGAUCAACCCGAAAAAUUCAUGGAAUCCGAGGUGGAAUUACACGAGACACUUCAGGAAUUGAAUGUAGUAGCUACUUCUCCUGACCUCUAUCCAACUAUGGUCGAACUUGGUGCUGUUCCCUCUAUGCUCGAGCUCCUCUCGCAUGAAAAUACGGAUAUUGCUGUCAGAGUGGUAGACCUAUUGCAGGAGCUCACCGACGUUGAUAUCUUACACGAGAGUCAGGAUGGCGCGGAUACUUUGAUAGAUGCAUUACUGGAGCAGCAAGUAUGCGCCUUGCUUGUACAAAAUCUGGAACGUCUUGAUGAGAGCGUGAAGGAAGAGAGCGACGGAGUCCAUAACACACUGGCAAUAUUUGAAAACCUUCUAGAGUUCAGGCCCGAACUCUGCGUCGAUGCGGGCAAGCAGGGUCUCCUUCAGUGGUUACUGCGACGAAUAAAAGCCAAGACUCAGUUUGAUGGAAACAAACUUUAUGCCAGUGAACUGCUAUCUAUACUUGUUCAACAAACACCUGAAAAUAGACUGUUGCUCGGUGAUUUAGAUGGCAUUGAUGCACUUCUGCAACAGCUUGCCUUCUACAAAAGACAUGACCCUCGGACCGCGGAGGAGCAGGAAAUGAUGGAAAAUCUUUUCAACGUACUUUGUUCGAGUCUAAUGGCAACGGUAAACAGAGAACGAUUUCUUCGAGGCGAAGGACUGCAAUUGAUGAACCUGAUGCUGCGUGAGAAAAAGAUGUCUCGGAAUGGGUCGCUGAAGGUACUGGACCACGCGAUGAAUGGACCCGAUGGGAAAGACAAUUGCAACAAAUUCGUGGACAUACUUGGGUUGAGAACAAUUUUUCCUCUGUUCAUGAAAACGCCGACAAAAAAUAGAAAAAGAAUACUCACAACCGAAGAACACGAGGAGCACGUGCUCUCCAUAAUAGCAAGUAUGCUUAGGAAUUGCAAAGGACCGCAGCGCCAACGGCUUGUGAGCAAAUUCACAGAGAAUGACUUUGAGAAAGUCGAUAGACUGAUGGAGCUUCACUUCAAAUAUUUGGAAAAGGUUGAGGACGUUGAAAGGGACACAAAGGACGAUGAAGAGGAAGAGGAAUCGUACAUGAGGAGAUUGGACGGAGGUUUGUUUAUUCUCCAGUUAGUAGAUUACGUUUUACUAGAGGCAUGCACCGGAUGCCCACCGACAGUCAAGCAGCGUGUGACGAGAAUUCUAGCUCAACGUCGUGCUUCGCUGAAGACUAUUAGGCACAUCAUGAGAGAGUAUGCGGGUAACCUGGGCGACGCCGGAGACAGCGAAUGGAGGGAAGCGGAGCAGCAGCACAUUUUGCAACUCAUAGACAAGUUUUGAUGCAUGCUUGACUCACUUUUGACUCUCUUUAUCGGAAAUAGAAACUCGCAAGAUCGACCACUUGCGUUUAUGAUUAUUCAAAGAUAAAAGAAUCCGCCCAACACCGACUUCGUUUGAUUCGCUCAAAGAUCACUUCAGUCAACGUCGAGACCUUGCCCGGGAUGACGUCUAUCGAAUUUUAUUCGCGAUCAUCGGAACGUUGUAAAUUAUUCGUAAAUACGAAACGAUCGCCAUGUGAUUUUUUACUACGUCGAUACCGAAUGUCAUGCAACGACGAUCAUUGAAAUUCUCGAAUCGUGUUUUACACGUACAACCAACAGUUUCUUUUAUUAAUAAACUAUUUCUCAGACAUA